GGAUUCAGUCGCAAACGAACAACGAACCAUCGAAGUUUAGAAAAUAUCUAACAAUUAAAAGCGAUCGCGCGCGCGCUUUUUCUCGAACCUCGAAUCUCGAACAACGAAACGAAAAUAAAUUUGGAAAAUUGCAAUUGUCGUUUUGUUUUUAGCGCGCGUGCAUUGCCAAAACGAAUCAGAAACAGAAACUGAAACUGAAACAACAACGAAUCGAGCCAGGAGAAAUAUAUAGACGCGGGAAAGGAACAACGCAAAAACGACGCACAUUUCUCAGUUGCAUGCCGCGUGGAUCGAAAUAUAUAUAUAUACAUAUAUAAUUUAUAUAUUGCUAAACUUAGAAAUAAAAGCGAAAAAGGGAGGAAUAACUUUGAGAGGCGUUGCCCGUGGCCAAGGAAAAUGAGAAAUACGCAUGAAUAUUAAUGCAGCAUUAAUUGAACUAGCUCAAGGCUCAAGCGCCCUCACUCUCCCUCUCUAUCUCUCUCUUUUUGCCACAAAUCUGUAUAAUUAUAUAAUCCAAUUUGUGUUAUUUAUCGCGGCCCUCAGACCAGAGCAGUGAACUGAGCUGAACUGGACACGUGUCAUUAGAUUUUAAGCCUCGCACACUUACGAUAUAUUGCGUUGAUUAUGAGCGCUUUCGCCGAUCGGAAUAUACAUUUCAAUCCUUUGCGAAAUCAGCAAACGCUUAUCGUCAAGCGGCUGAGACCGCCGGAGAGCAAAAACUUCAAGAACUGAGCAAUCGAACAACGAAUAUAUACGAACUCUGCUCGCAGCUAAGAAAAAACGAACCUUAUUUAAAAAAGCCAAGGCAGAAAUACAACGAAAUAUAUAAGCAAUAAAACAAAGCCAAAAACGAACGAAUUCUUAAGCAACUAUAACAACACUGCGACAACAACAGCAUCCAAAACAAAAAACCGGAAACAUAAAGACAAGAAAGGAUCAUCACAUUGUUAAAGAACUUUUGCAGAGAAAAGUGUCUUUUUUGUACAUAUAUAUGCUAGAACAUAGAUUUGUUUUUGUUGAUUUUGAAUAUAACUCAUACAUAUAUAUCAUUGUUGUCCCAAUUUGUUGUGUUAGCUUAGCUAGGCGCAACAUAUAACGAAUACUAGUCAGCCGCCCAACUGUGCGUAUACGCAACGCCACUGCGUAUACUUAAUAUUUAAGAGUAGAUAAGUAAGGAUUAGGCUAAAAACCAACGAACAAAUGAUGAAAAAUCUAAACGGUAGGGCGCACAAUGCGUGCUACCAUCCCUACUACCAUCAAUCGUUGCACUUUGCACAGCAGCAACAUAAUCAUCAGCAGCAGCAACAGCAACAUCACCAGAUGCAGCAGCAACAUCAGCAGCUGCAGCUGCAGCAGCAGCAUCAGCACCCGCAGCAGCAAUUGUUACGUCAUCAGCAACGGCAACUGCCCACGCAGCCUGCCUACCAGCAACAGCAACACCAGCAGCAGCAACAACAACAACAGCAACAUCAGGAGCAACUGAGGCAAUCGUUUGCCCACAAUGCUUUUCCACUACGCAGCAGCAACAGCAACAAUUAUGGCCAUGUUGCUGGUAGCGCCUACGCCGCCAACAGCAACAAUGCGGCUGCCAUGGCCGCCGUGUGCCAAAUGCAGAAUUUUUUUAGUCAACAACAGCAACAGGAGUACAACAAUUGCUUGCCUAUUAAUUAUUAUCAACAACAGCAGCAACAACAACAACCACAACCGCAACAACAACAGCCAAUGACAGCUACGACGACAGCAGCAACUUGCAAUGCCUCAGCAGCAACAGCAACUACAACAACAACCUCUACGAACACCGACAACAACAGCGAUAAUUUUGCAAUGGACGCCAGUGAAAUCGCUACUUUUCUCGCCAACGAGCUUUUCCUACAGCAGCUCGGCAACUUUGAGACCGGUCAGAGUGUUUUAACGCUGACUACACCCACGCUGACGCCGACCACCACGCGCAGCAUCGAGGACACCUUUUUCCAAAUAAUGUCGGAUACACAAAGUGAUCGUGGAGCUGGUUGCGCGGGAUUUGCAGUGCCACUGGUGCUACCAAAUGCUACGGGAGCCACUGAAUCCAAUGGCAAUGGAAUUUCCACGAUUCCCACCCAGCAGCCAUACGAUGUGAGCCUGGUGCCAGGAAGCGAGUCCGAGGAGUCCAACGAUACGCAGAUGAACGAGGAGCAGGACACAACCGAUACUUCAAGUGCCCAUACGGACAGCACCUCGUACCAGAAUGGCCACAUAAUGGGCAGCAGUGUGAAUGGCGGCGGUGCCAACAACUUCAGCAAUGUCCUGGCUGCCGUCACCUCUGGCCGCGGAUCCUCCUCGGCGGGUAACAACGCGAAUACCUCAAACAGUGCCACGCCGGCGCGCCGUGGAGGCGGUCGGCGACCCAACCGAUCGGCCAACAUGACCCCGGAGGAGGAGCAGAAGCGGGCGGUGCGCCGGGAGCGAAACAAACAGGCGGCGGCCCGUUGCCGCAAGAGGCGCGUGGACCAGACCAACGAGCUCACCGAGGAGGUGGAGCAGCUGGAGAAGAGGGGCGACAACAUGCGCAAGGAAAUCGAAGCGCUGACGAACAGCAAGAACCAGCUGGAGUACCUGCUGGCGACCCAUCGCCCCACCUGCAACAAGGUGCGCACCGACUUGCUGAGCGUGGCCACCUGCAACGGGCUAAUUGCCCCGGCCGGACUCUUGAGCGCCGGCAGCUGUGGCAGCGGAUCGAGCAGCCAUCACAAUCACAACAGCAACGACAGCAGCAAUGGCACGAUCACCGGAUUGGACGCCACGCUGAACUCCACCGGCAGGAGCAACUCGCCGCUCGAUCUCAAGCCGGCGACCAAUAUAGAGAACAUGCUGCUGAACAUCAAGGAUGAGCCGCUGGACGGUGGCUUGGACUCGGGCUCCAGUCUGGACCAGGAUGGUCCGCCGCCCAACAAGCGCUUCACCUUGCCACCCAUGUCCACGAUGCCGCAAAUCCACAUGUCCACGCUGAUGACGCCCACCGGCGCCUCGUCGGGAUCUCUGCAGACGCCCAUCACGAGCACGGCGCCCGGAAUAUUCGGCAACGUCUUUUCCGUGACCACCAACGGCGGCAGCAUGAACAACAGUCCCACGCUGAAUGCGCUGAACAAAAUGCCCAAGGAGCGGCCUAACACGCUGGCUUUCCAGCGACCCAUGCACCUGUCCAUGGCCAACAAGUCGUCCGGCGCGGGCGGAGCUCCCACGCAGAUCCAGGGAGUGCCCAUCCAGACGCCUUCCACGGGCACCUUCAACUUUGACUCCCUGAUGGACGGCGGCACCGGGCUGACCCCCGUUUCGGGUCCCCUGGUGCCCAACAGCUCCGCCAUGAACAAGCAUCCGCUGGAGCUGGCCACGCCCUCCGCCGAGCCGUCCAAGCUGGUCAGCUUAUAACCGGACAGGAGCCGGGUCAGGGCCGGAGGAUAGGGGGUCCACGUCCACCAGUUCGGGGAUCGAGUCAGGAUUAAGUUAAGUUUGAUAUAAUUGAAACGUAGCGAUUAUAUUUACACUUGCUAAAAGAUAAAAGGAAACCAACAAAACAUUUUGCUAGUUGUAGAGAUGUUUUCAUUUUUUGUAAUCGUAAAGCGUUUGACGAAUAUUUUGUUUCGUUAACUCUAAUGUUUUUUGUAUUAUUAUCUUUAUUAUGGUUAAUUUAUGAUUUUUGCUAUGUCUUUUACAUACGCCAAGCUACAUAUGUUAUGUACUUGUAUUUUGUGCAAUUUUCAAACCUUUUCAUUGCGUGUUAUAUAUUUUCAAAAAAUAUAAAAAUGCGAAGAUCGACGAUGCAUGCAUUAAUGCCUGGAAAAUGAUAAGGAUUAUAGGGAGUGUAGAUUUGAAGGAUGCGUUGUGAUAUUUAUUAUAAAACGAAUACAAAAGAUACCAGAUAAAACAAAAGUAGAAAGCAAAACAGGAGCAGUAAACAAAAGCGUGUAAUGAAAGGAACUAAGCCGGUUUUAAAAUUGUACAUUUAAACGAAUCGCGUAAAUAUAAUAUAUAUAUAUAUUCAGCAUACAAACUAAAUACAAUGCCUUGAGAGAGAAUUAAGAAAUGCAAACACUUUAUAUAUAUGAGUAUAUGUAUGUUUAAACCUAAACAAUAAUCGCGUUAAAGCAAGUUUUAUAUUGAGCAAAAGCAAAUGUGAAAUGAGAUAAAUAUACUUAUUGUACUCUGUAAGCUGCAGUAGAAAACCCAAAUAUAUUUUUACUAAACGCAACAAAUGCGCUAUUUUCAAAUACCAUUUAUAAGAAAUGACAAAAGCAAAGCAAUUAUUUAAUAUGUAAUUAUGUAUUAUGUAUACCCAAAUACGAUUUAACAAAAUCUGAUCAGGUAAAAAACCUCUCGCCAGUUUCCACAUUAAAUUCUCUGAAUAUUCAAAAUUAUCAAUUUAUCCAAAACCAAACCGAUCGAUAGUAAAUUUAAUGCACUUAUAAGGGCAGAAAAACACCAAAAUUGACAAAAAUGAAAUAAAAUAAAAUAAAAUAAAAAUACCGAAAAACCUAAAAACAAA